AUGAAGGCCGUCAUCAUCAAAGAACAUGGCGUCCCCGCCCUCGCAGAUAUCAAAGAGCAGACAAUACGGCCUGAUUAUAUUAAAGUCAAGACCGUAGCUCUGGCCCUCAACCCCACGGAUCUGCAUCAUACCACAGGGGCUGGUCGCGUAGGCGGCAUCAUUGGAUGCGAUCUUUCCGGUAUCGUCGAAGAAGUUGGCGAAGAAUGCAAAUCGGAUGUGAAAAAAGGCGAACACAUCUAUGGUGUGUGCCACGGAGCUAAUCUGGAAGAUGGAGCCUUUGCUGAAUACGCUCUUGUUCGCGAUGGCCACCUUGCGAGGAUCCCAGAGAAUAUGUCCUUUGAGGAGACAGCCACAUUGGGUGUUGGCAUUACUACCGUAGGUCAAAGCUUGUACAUGACCAUGAAGCUCCCUCUUCCAGGAGAGGAAUCGACCGAAGACGCACCCUUCUUUCUGGUCUACGGCGGAAGUUCUGCAACCGGCACACUGGCCAUCCAAUAUGCUAAGCUGUCUGGAUGUAAAGUCGUCACCACUGCUAGUCCUGAGAAUUUCGAACUUGUUAAGUCGAGGGGCGCCGAUGCCGUGUUCGACUAUCAUGAUCCAGAAUGUGCGCGUCUCAUCAAAGAGUACACCAACGGAGAACUCUACUACGUUCUCGACUGUAUAUCAACGGAGUCAAGCUACAAGAUCGUCGGAGAUGCGCUUCCCGAGACACCCCAGAAGCCAGUUCAGGUAGUGACGCUUUUGCCUACGGAUGCCUGGCCGAGGAAGGAUGUUACCCCUAUUGCUAUUCUUGCAUACACGUCUUUUGGCAAAGCUUUCACUAAGUUCGGCAUCGACUUUCCUGAAAUCCGUCCCCAUUUCGAAUACGGCGUGAUGUUCUGGAAGGUGAGCCACAAGCUUCUGGCUGAGGGUAAAAUCAAGCCUCAUCCAGUUGCUCUGCGCAAAGGUGGCUUGGCUGGUAUUCCGGGAGGGUAA